AUGACCAGAAAGAACAAACAAGAUUUGGUUCAGUUUGAUCCAGAAAUUGAAAGGAGUUUCCAUAUAUUACACAGAGCUCAGAAAGGACAGUCUUCUACUUUUAGCUCUAUGUCUGCAGAGCCUUCAAGAAGAAUGGUACUUGGUCAUGGCAGUACACUGAGAGAGUUGGCAGCUCCUGAUGGUUCACAUCAACCUCUUUGCAUUGAGUAUCCUGAGUUAGAAGUUGAUUUUGAGUUAAGAUCAAGUAUUAUACAUUUGUUGCCUAAAUUCCAUGGACAUUCAGGUGAGUAUCCAAAUCGACACCUGCAGGAAUUCCAUGUGGUAUGCUCUACUAUGAAACCUCAGGGAAUUUCGGAGGAGGAUAUUAAACUGAGAGCAUUUCCAUUUUCUUUGGCUGAUGCAGCUAAAGACUGGCUAUUCUAUUUACCUUCAGGGACUAUUACUUGUUGGAGUGAUAUGAGGAGGGUAUUUCUGGAUAAUUUUUUCCUGCCUCUAGAACAGCAUCAAUUAGGAAAAGCAUUUGUGGAAUUCAGCAAGCUACUGGUGAAACACUUCAUGAAUAUUGGGGGAGGUUUAAAAGGGUUAUUGCUCAUGGAUAGGAGCAUGAUAGAUGGUGCUAGUGGAGGAGCUUUGGUGAAUAAGACACCUAAUGAUGCUAGGGAUUUGAUAGAAACUAUGGCAGCAAAUUACCAUAGUUGGCAUUCAACAGAUACUUGUCCUAGUUUGCAACCAGAGGAGUACAAUUCGGUAGCUGAGCAAUCUGUGGCAGCAGCUAGUGUCUUCCCUAAUCGUCCACAAUAUCAGCAAGGCAAUCAACAAGUGAAGUACGAUCCUAUGUCACCUACUUAUAAUCCAGGAUGGAGGGAUCAUCCAAACCUAAGAUAUGGAAAUAAUUCAACAGCCCAACAGUCUUUUCCACAGCAAAUUCAGAAUAAUAAUUUUUCAGGCAAUCAGAGACCACCAGGGUUUUAUAACAACACAGUUCCAAACAGAAUACAACCAUUUCAGCCAUUUCAACAACAUGUUUCACCAUUGCAGCAAACCAGAAAGUCUUCCUCAACUCAAACUGAUUUUUCAAUACAAGACAUGGAAGAGAUUAUGCAGCAAAUGAUGCUUCAUCAACAACAACUUUCAUUGCAGUGUACUCAUUUAAUUCGGCAACAACAAAGGACUGAUGCAGCAUUACAGAAUAUUGAAAGACAAACCUCAAGCCAGCUGUCUUCCCAAACCAUUCCAAACCCAAGAGGAAAUGUGAGUGCUAUCACUCUACGGAAUGGGAAAAAUGUUUCUGAGAAUAAACAGGAAGAUUCAGUUGAGCGUUCAAGAGAUUUGGAUUCAGAUUUGCAGAUUAAAUUUGGUUCUAUUCCUAAAUCUGUUGCAGUGCAGAUUCCAGUGGUGGAACAGAAGCAGACAGAGAUUCAUCUACCAUUCCCUCAAAGGUUAGUAAAACCUGGGAAGGGUAAGGCUAUUGAAAAGUCUAGAGAAUUUCAAGAGAUGACGGAAAUUUUUAGUAGAGUAGAAGUAAACAUCCCUCUACUGAAAGCAAUCAAACACAUUCCAAAGUAUGCAAAAUUUCUGAAGGAUUUAUGUGUUAAUAAGAAGAAGCUUAAGGGUGAUGAGUUGGUUAGUGCAGGGGAAAGUGUUUCCGCAUUAUUUCAGGCUAUGCCACAAAAAUGCAGGGAUCCAGGAGUUUUUACUAUUUCGUGUAAAAUUGGAGAAAACAGUUUUGAAGAUGCUAUGGUGGAUCUUGGGGCAUCCAUUAAUGUAAUGCCGAAAUCAGUGUUUCAAGCUCUUGGAAUUGGUCCUCUUCAGCCAACAGGGGUUGUGAUCCAAUUGGCGAACCGAAGUUUUGCUCAUCCAGUAGGAGUGAUUGAAGAUGUGCUGGUCAAGGUUAAGGAGCUGAUUUUUCCUACAGAUUUUUACGUUUUGGAUAUGGAGGGUGAUGCAUUGUCAAGUCAUGUGCCAAUUAUUUUGGGAAGACCAUUUUUGAAGACAGUAAAGACUAAAAUUGAUGUUCAUGCUGGUACUCUGUCAAUGUUGGAUGGUUACUUGCUGGAAUGUGCUGCUCUUUUUAAUAACUUUAGGGAUGAUUUAAGUACAGAAUGCAGUGACAGUUUGGAUCAGUAUGUUUCUGCUUCAGAGACAAAGGACUAUGAGGAAGACUGUAUAGUUGAGGUUGAAACUGGAAAAGCACUUCCUUCAGUUUUGCAGCCACCAAAGUUGGAGUUGAAAGUUCUUCCAUGCCAUUUGAAAUAUGCUUAUUUAAGGAAGGAUGAACAACUACCAGUUAUUAUUUCCAAAGAUCUUGAUGCUGUAUAG